UGUAUCAUCUGAGAGAUAAUAAUUGAACCUGUGAGAGUAGGUGAUACCACUAAGAUGGAAAAAAGAGCAGAGGGUUCAAUGAGGACCUAGCAAAGGAGACUAAGCAUACAUGUAAAAGGGAAAUCAGAAGAGCAGUAUCAGGGAAGCGUAGCAAAGAGAAUUUCUAUGAGGAGAGGCUGGUUGACACUCAGAAGUUGCAGAGAGGUAAAGGAGAGUGAAGAUUGAAAAUAGAAUAUGACUUUUGCAUUUGAGAACAUAAACUAUAGGUUAACUUUUGAAAGAUUAAUUUGUGUCAAGUGGUAGCAUUGGAAAUCCAACCAUGGUGGGGUAGGAAGAAAUAAGUGGAUAUUGAGAAAGUCAAGUAUAGAAGUGAAACUCUCUAUAGGAGUUUGGUAGAAAAGUGUGUAUAAGCAUAAUAGCUUAAAGAGAUGGUAGGUUCAAGUAAAGUUUUUUAAAAAGUAGGAAAGCUCCAGACAUGUUUGUAAGAAGACAGUAAGUAGAGUGAAAGACUAUUGUUAAGUUCCCAGAAAAGAAAAAUGGAAGGGGAUAAAAAAGCCAAAGUAGAGGAGGAUGGUGGCAGCAAUCGGGAUUGAAAAUGAUGUGGAAAUAUUCUCUGCUGUGGAUAAGGCGAGGUAAGGCAGAUUUCCUAUCAAGAGACAGAGAGAGAAUGAUUAUGAUGAACCUUGAGGAGUUUUGCAACAGCCAUUUUGGUUGGUAUGAUCACAGAUCUCUUGGAGGAGAAAAGAAAGCAACAGUGAGGACCAGUGUAUCUACUAGAAAAGGUUAUGUGAUUUCAUUCAUUGGUAUAGUAGUCAAGCUAUUCAAAAGUGAAAUGGUUCACCUAAGUAUGUAAUCAUUUCCUUCUCUCUAGAGAUCUUCACAGAAGGACUUGAGACUAGCAAAGACAGGUGAUAUUUGAGAGGAGAUUCAUGUUUAUAUGCAUUUUGGACUAGAUGGCCAUUUAGGUCCAUUCCAAGUCUGAUAUUCUGUGAACUAUACUUAGAAAACUCUGAAGGGAAAAAAGUAAAACAAAGAGGGAAGUGAUGAAUUGAAAAGUGAGGAUAAAAAUUAGGUUUGGGAAUGAGGAAGAGGGACAAGUGAAAGGACAGGAGAUAAUAAUCAUAAAGGAGAAUUUUAUAGUUCAGGAUUUGGUGAGAUAGUUUGGAAUAUUGUGAGAAAUUCAAUCCUAUUUCCUGAGGUAGAGUGAAGAUAGAGACCAUGUGAGUUGAAAAUGUUAACGAACAAGGGUUUAUUAGGGUGUUUAGUAAAGCCCAUAAACAUGAGAGCAAGAGUGAGGAUGGAAAGAAGACUGAACUAGAGAUUGAAAUACAAGAAAGGAGGAAAAAUAAUCUAGAUGAAUGUAGGUUAUAGCAACAAUCUGUAUCAAGAAUAGAAUCUGAAUAUGAGGAAAGACUGCUUAGUGAUAAAAGCAAGGAAGAAUCUGAAAAGGGGCAGUGAAGAAACAAGUAAUAUUCUUGGGCUUGGGAGAAAUUGUGGGACUUUGAUAGAAUAGAAAUCUGUUAUGGAUGGGGUGGAGCUGGAGAGGAUGUAGUUUAAUGGAAAAGAGAGAGCAAAAGUUAUAAUAGGCAGUGGCAGUAAGUUGGGAUGGUAGGAUUGGGUGAAGGUAGAGGAGUAGUUAUAGGAUCAUAGGCUUUGAGCUAGAAAGGACCUUAAGAGAUCGUUUGCUCCCACUUCUUCAUUUUAUAAAUGUUAUUUAUCAAAGGGCUACAUAGAGUUGGAAACCCCAGAUUCAACCCAAGUCCUGCAAACAAUCAUCAAAAUUGCAGUUAAAGAUGGAGUAUUUUUUGAAGAACAGCAAGGAGAACAAGGUUACUGGAUCAUAGUGUAUAAAGGGGGAGUAAAGGAUAAGAAGACUGAAACGGCUUGCAGCAGUGGUAUUUCAGUUCAAUUCAACAGACAUUUAUUAACUGCCAGCUAUUUGCAAAGCACUGUACUAGGUGCUGGGGAGACAAAGACAAACAAUGAAACUGUCCCUGUCCUCAAGGAACCUUCAUUCUCCUGGGGGGAUACAACGCAUACACAAAUUUGAGAGAAAAAAUCUAGGUAUCUGAAAUUAGUGUUGAUACCAAAAUAUAUCUUCAACUCAGAAUGUUGGAAGAGGAUGUGGAAGUGGCCAUCAAGGUGGUAGUUGUUGGGAAUGGAGCUGUUGGGAAAUCAAGUAUGAUUCAGCGAUAUUGCAAAGGCAUUUUUACAAAAGACUACAAGAAAACAAUUGGAGUUGAUUUUUUGGAGAGACAAAUCCAAGUUAAUGAUGAAGAUGUCAGGCUAAUGUUAUGGGAUACAGCAGGUCAAGAAGAGUUUGAUGCAAUAACAAAGGCUUACUAUCGAGGAGCCCAAGCUUGUGUACUUGUGUUUUCUACUAUAGACAGGGAAUCUUUUGAAGCUAUUUCCAGUUGGAGAGAAAAAGUAGUAACUGAAGUUGGAGAUAUCCCAACAGUACUUGUACAAAACAAGAUUGACCUCUUGGAUGAUUCUUGUAUAAAGAAUGAAGAAGCUGAGGCAUUGGCAAAAAAAUUAAAGUUAAGAUUCUACAGAGCUUCAGUGAAAGAGGACUUAAAUGUAACUGAAGUUUUUAAAUAUUUAGCAGAAAAAUAUCUUCAGAAACUCAAACAACAAAUAGCUGAAGACCCAGAAUUAAUGCAUACAAGUAGUAAUAAAAUUGGUGUCUUUAAUACAGUUGGUGGAAGUCACCCUGGCCAGAAUUCUAGCACACUUAAUGGUGGAGAUGUCAUCAAUCUUAGACCUAACAAACAGAGAACCAAGAAAAACAGAAGCCCUUUUAGCAGCUGCAGUAUACCUUAAAGCCAUUUACAAGGAAGGGGGGAGAAAGGCAGAAAAUGAAUUAAGCUGUGCAAUUAAGCACCCAGCUGUAAUGGUACGUUAAUGUGUUUUCUAGCAGACUUUGCACCUACAGGAUCUCUGAUGGAUGGUGAACUUAAAUAUUGCUGUGGCUGUGUUCUUUAAUGUGUACAGAGAGACCUCUGGUGGCAAAAUUGGAAUCAUUGCUACCCUGUACACUGAUUUUAAUUUAUAUAUCUAUCUCUCUAUAUAUCUAUAUCUAUACAGAUACACACAUACACACACACACACAAACACACAUACACAAACACAUAAUUAGACGAUGCUUCUCCUGUUUUGAAGGAACAUUUUAAAAAACAUGAAAAACAGGUUUUGCUGAAUUUUAAAGAAUAUUAAAAACACAAACAACACAUAAUAAAACAUUGGUACAGAUCUUCAUAUUAACUAUGGACCAAAUGAAAUGGCAUUCUUUUAAUGGAAUUUAUCAGUCAGCCUUUAAGGAAAAGUAUAAUUCUGAGAGGUAAAUUGUGAAUCUUGCCUAGACAACAUUAAUGUGCAUUAAUGUAUUGGCAACUUUACUUGUGCAAUAUCUGUAUAAUAUGUGAAUAUUAUCAGAGGUAUGCAUGUAGAUAUCUGGUACUAAAGUUAAGCCGAAUGUAAGUACAGUAUUUCAUCAAGGACACUAAGUUUCUGACCAACAUACAUAAAAGGCUACUACUGCUACACACCAUACACACCCACUUAUUUAAAUUGUGCAUUUCAAAUGAGAAAUUCCAAGCCUAUACUUUGCAAGAUGAAAUUGCUUCUUCCUGUACCCAAGUACAGGUUUAAAAGUUUAAAAAAUUCAUUGUGCCAAAAAAAAAAAAAAAAAGAUAUAUCUAUUUUCUUGAUGGGAAAGCUUCAACUAUCUUACUUUUUCUUGAUUCAUGAUGUCUUCUAAAAACAAUUUUCCAGGUUAAAAAGCUGAAUAAAAAGAGGAACAUAUAUUUACUUCACUAAUACUGAGCUUAUUUCAGGCUAAUAUAGCUUUAAAAAUUUUUAAAAACAUGUAAUAACUAAAUUUUUUAUAUAGUCAUCUUUAAAAAUGAUACACUUGUAUCAUCAAAGGUUGGGAGUGUUAAGAUUUCUUGCAUAGCUGCGGUUAUCCAUAAGAUUCUGUGAAGUGAUAGACUAUAUGUAACAUAUUUAACUGCUGAGCACCAUAUUAAAAACUUAAAAUUUAUGAGCAUAAUUUAAUAAUAAGCUGCAGCUUAAAAAAUUUUAAUUCCACAAAAGUUGUCCUUUUUUUUAACAGAUUAUUUUUUAAUGGCCAGCAGCAUAUCAGAAGCAUCUUUUUAUUUAUAUAAUUUGUAAGGUGUUUUAAGCUUAUCCCUUAAGAAUUUCUAUAAUAAAAUCUCAAAUUUAUAGAGUACCUUUCUUCUGGAAAAUUCCAUUGGGAGAAAAUGCAAAAAUAAUUUUUUAAAGAAAUAUUUUAGUACUGUAAACAGUAAGUGCCAGAGUAUAAAAAUUGUGAGUAGAGGCUAUUUACUUAGACAAUGUAUAUAUCCUGUUAAUAUUUGUCAUUAUAAGCUAAUAAUAAAUAUUAGCAGGCUUGUUUACUCUCUGUAUACCAUUUUAACAUAGUUGAAUGUUAUAGGAUUUUACAGUGGUACUGGGAAAGAUUUCUUGAAAAAUGUCAUGAAAUCAUUUUACAUUUACUUGUACUUAGUAUUUGAUUUUUUUUUUUUAAAGAGAACUUAUUAUCCCCAGGUUUUCAUAUGGUAUGUUGGAUAUUUUAAGGUAACAUGGUAUGUUAGAGGACUAGCUUAGACGUCUGGAAAGACUCAGUUCAAGUCUUAACUCUCCCACAAAUUGACUCUGUGACUUUCAGCAAAUCAUUUAACCUCUCAAGCUACUCCAGGCAGUUCUCUAAAACCAUAGAUUACAAAACAAUGACAGAUCUGCUUUGAUAGAAGGUCUUUGCUAGCUGGGAGUUUGUAAGUGUCAGACUUUGUAACAUUCUACAGUGGACUUAUUUCCCCCUUAUUUCUUCCCCUCCCUCAUCAGAUCAAAAUGUAACUGGGAUAUUUAACAAAUAAAAAUCAAUAAAACAGA